AUGUCUGUGGAAGGCUUGGCGUGGGUGGGCUCUGAGUUCCCAGGCAGCCCCAAAACCCAGAAACUCGACAGCGGAUCCUUGUCGGAAACCCUGAGGAGAAAGUCUGUGGCUGUGUACACAAAUAAGAUGUGUCUACUGAAGGAGGGUGUGGUGAGGGGUCUGGGAAUGGCCACAUGGGACAGGCCUCGGGAGGCCAAGCCAGCUGUGGAGGGCGAGCCACCCCUGCCCACUGGCCGGGAGCUGGCUGAGGCCAACCGCUUCGCCUAUGCUGCCCUCUAUGGCAUCUCCCUGUCCCAGCUAUUUCCAGAGCCUGAACAAAGCUCGUUCUGCACAGAGUUCAUGGCAGGCCUCGUGAAGUGGCUGGAGUUGUCUGAAACCGUCUUGCCGACCAUGACUGCUUUUGCCAAUGGCCUGGGAGGCGAAGGAGCAGAUGUGUUUGUUGAGAUUUUAUUGAAGGACCCCAUCUUGAAGAAAGACCCAUUGGUGAUCACUCAGGACCUUCUGAGCUUCUCACUCAAGGAUGGGCGCUAUGAUGCCCGGGCCAGAGUCCUCGUUUGCCGUAUGAACUCUCUGCUCCAGGUACCCUUGGAGGAGCUGGACUUCCUUGAAGAGACAUUCCUUGAGAGCCUGAAGGAAACCAAAGAGGAGGAAUCUGAAACGGCUGAGGCAUCUCGGAAGAAGAAAGAAAACCGGAGGAAGUGGAAGCGUUAUCUCCUGAUAGGCCUGGCGACUGUCGGAGGCGGAACAGUGAUCGGUGUGACCGGGGGUCUAGCUGCCCCCCUUGUUGCCGCUGGAGCUGCAACAAUCAUUGGCAGCGCCGGGGCAGCAGCCCUGGGCUCCGUGGCUGGCAUAGCUGUCAUGACCUCACUGUUCGGGGCAGCUGGAGCCGGCCUCACAGGAUACAAGAUGAAGAAGCGUGUCGGGGCCAUUGAGGAAUUCACGUUCCUGCCUCUGACAGAGGGCAGACAGCUGCAUAUCACCAUUGCCAUCACUGGAUGGCUUGCGUCUGGCAAAUACCGCACCUUCAGCGCCCCGUGGGCUGCCCUGGCCCGCAGCCGUGAGCAGUACUGCCUGGCCUGGGAGGCCAAGUACCUGAUGGAACUCGGCAAUGCCCUGGAGACCAUCCUCAGCGGUCUUGCCAACAUGGUGGCCCAGGAGGCCCUUAAGUACACAGUGUUGUCUGGCAUUGUGGCUGCCCUGACCUGGCCAGCGUCACUCCUCGCUGUCGCCAAUGUCAUCGACAACCCCUGGGGGGUGUGUCUCCAUCGAUCAGCAGAGGUUGGCAAGCACCUGGCUCACAUCCUACUCUCCCGGCAGCAGGGCCAGCGACCUGUCUCCUUGAUUGGCUUCAGCCUGGGAGCCAGAGUCAUCUACUUCUGUCUGCAAGAGAUGGCACAGGAGAAAGAUUGCCAAGGGAUCAUCGAGGAUGUCAUCCUGCUGGGCGCGCCUGUGGAAGGAGAUGCCAAGCACUGGGAGCCUUUCCGGAAGGUGGUGUCCGGGAGGAUCAUCAAUGGCUACUGCAGGGGAGACUGGCUGCUGAGCUUUGUGUAUCGCACGUCCUCGGUGCAGCUGCGCGUCGCCGGCCUACAGCCCGUGCAGCUACAGGACAGGAGGGUGGAGAAUGUGGACCUGUCCUCAGUGGUCAGUGGCCACUUGGACUAUGCCAAGCAGAUGGACAUCAUCCUGAAGGCCGUGGGCAUCCGCACCAAGCCAGGGUGGGAUGAGAAGGGGCUCCUGCUGGCCCCGGGCAGCUUGCCCCAGGAAGAGCCUCGCCAGGCAGCAGCCACCCCCUCAUCGGCCGAGACCUCACACCAGGCUGGGCGAACCCAGGGUCCCACACCCGAAGACGCCUCCAAAGUGGCCAUGUCUGUGAACUCCAGCCAAGCCCAGGUGUCUGCAGGACUGGACCGACCUGAAGGGGCCUCCCUUCCUGAGGCUGCCAGUCCUGCUGAGAGCUCCCACAUCUGCAGCCAUGGCAUGGACCCCAACCCACUGGGCUGUCCCGACUGUGCCAACAAUAUCCAGGAGCCCUGCCCUGGGCUGGACUAA